UGUAUAAAUAUCAGUGAGCUGUUGGGGCGAGCUCAGAGUUACAGACCUGUCCACUGAGGACAGACAGGGAAGAGCAGAACAAGAGAGGGGAGGAGAGAAGAAGAAAUACCUGAGAAGAGGGAGACUUUACAUUCAGAAAUUUAGAAACUAACCCCUCACUUAGAAAUUUGGAAUUAGUAUAGGAUUGAAGGAGAAGUCCAGUUGAGAGCUGAGAAAAUAAAGAUUUGACAGAGGAAAAAAGUAAUCCUUCAGAGGAAGAAAUUAGAGUAAACCUCUCAUCAGUCUGUGUGGACCGUGUCCAGUAUGUUCCUCCUUCUCUCAUUGUGCAUGUGUGGUCUUCUGCUGCGAGGUGACGCACAGGACCGAGCUGCUCUGUGGAGGGGAAACGACCGGAGCGGGCGAUGCCAGUACACCUUCACUGUACCCAGCCCUGUUGAGGCCAGCUGCCCGCAGAGCUCAGGCCCCGAGGUGGAUGGCCUGAAGGCCAGGCUCGGGAUCCUGGAGGUGCUGGUGUCACGGCUGACUGGAGGGGACACCGGGGGUCCCCAAAGAGCUGGAGGCAGAGCUCAGUCUGAGCUUCAGGAGGCGCUGAACCGGGCCGUGGGGGAGAGGAACCUGCUGCAGGGGGAGAAGGAGCGUCUGGAGCAAGAGGUGGAGGGGCUUCGGCACAGGAUGGACGAGAUGAGGAGGGAAACGGAGAGGCUGAGGAACAGACCCUGCCCUCCGCAAACCCCAGUGGUGCCACCAAGCCCCUCUCUGCAGGAAAGUGGCCUGAUAAGACCUGCUGGGGGUUCCAGUCCAAUGUCUCACCUGAAGACCAGGCCCAACAGGCAGGGAGACAGCAGCAGUUUGAGAGACUCAGCAUGGCAGUAUGGAUCUCCAGGCUUCCAGGAGCUGAAGGCUGAGGUGACAGAAGUACCUGCCCCUGAUGCCUCUGAGGACAACACAGGUUGCGGAGAGUUGGUUUCAGUUGGUGAGCCGGUCACUCAUAGAAGGGCUGACAACAUAGAAGGUAAAUACGGUGUUUGGAUGCAGGAUCCUGAGGCUGUUUCCCCUUACGGACCCAACAUGAUCUGGCGCAUUGACACCAUUGGCUCUGACGUCAGGAAGCUGUUUGGGUACGAAGACAUGGAACAACUCUCUAAAGGCUUUCCGUCCAAGGUCCUGUUGUUGCCAGAGCAGGUGGAGAGUACUGGUGCCACUGUGUUCAGAGGCUCUCUGUAUUACCAGAGACGCCGUAGUCGCACCCUCAUCCGCUACGACUUGGCCUCUGAGAGCGUCGCAGCCCGUCGCGACCUCCCCCAUGCUGGCUUCCAUGGCCAGUUCCCCUACUCUUGGGGAGGUUACACGGACAUUGAUCUGGCUGUGGAUGAGCAGGGGCUGUGGGCUGUCUACUCCACCAGCAAAGCCAAAGGAGCCAUCGUGAUCUCGCAGCUGGACCCACACAGCCUGGAGGUGAAGAAGAGCUGGGAGACCAACAUCAGGAAGAGCUCUGUGGCCAACUCCUUUAUCAUCUGUGGCAAGCUGUACACCGUGGCCAGCUACACGGCACCCGACACCAUCAUUAACUUCAUGUACGACACUGAAACCAGCCAGGGGAAGGCCAUGAGCAUCCCCUUCAAGAACAAGCACCGCUACAACAGCAUGAUCGACUAUAACCUGGCUCAGAGGAAGCUGUUUGCCUGGGACAACUACCACAUGGUGUCCUAUGACCUCAGGCUGGGUCGCCAGCAGGCCAAGUAAGGCCGUCAUUAGUGACUGUUAAAAAGUGACUUUUGCUCACCUGUUCCUGUUUCAAAGACUCAAAGCUUUAGAGUAUAAUGUGUGUGUGGUGGUAGAGGUUGUAAAGCCAACACAUGUAGAAGAGCACAAGUACCAAACUCCAAACUGAAAUGAAGACAUUUGAGGAACAAUGUCCCCUGCUUCUUUUUUUUUUACUUCAGUGGGAGAGCUUUUGCUGUGGCUUGGACCACAAACAUGUUUUUAGAGGAAUUAUUUUUGUACCGCCUUUAAUUCAGAUGUAUGAUUUUGUUGUUUUCUUGUUAAAUGUAAAUAUACUAUAUAUCUAUAUAUAUCUAUAGAUAUAUAGGUAGAUAUAGAUAUAUAUUUGAAGUCUGACAUAUGAAGCAUAGUUUAAUUUCACAGACUAGGAUAAUUAAUGGAGACAAUUUACAACACAAACUCCUGUGGUUCUUCAUGGCCUACAGUCUUUCACUAUGAACAUCUUUAAAUGCAAAAACUGCUUUCUCACUCAGCAUUAACUGUAUAUUGCAUGUACUUGUACACUGUAGUGAAUUUAAUGACAUGUUCAAAAUUGUUAUGAAAUAAACUUAUUCCUAAAGUA